AUGCCUCCACGAAGACCAGUCAGAGGUCAUCCUGCUAGACGCAAUGUUGAUGAACAAGAGUUACCCAAUGCACCUGAAGUGCAACCGCAAGGAGAAGUGACAAAUGCUAAGUUCCGUGAGGCUAUUAGGAUGCUCAGUCAAGUUGUGACUAACCAAGCUGGGCACCAGAGAGGAGCUCGACAAGAAGAGGCUGGCACUUCAAGGAUUCGUGAGUUCUUGAGGAUGAAUCCCCUAAUUUUCACUGGUUCGAGCACUGCAGAGUAUUCAGAGAACUUCAUUGAGAAACUGAAAAAGGUUUUUGAUAUGAUGCAUGUUACUGAUACUGCGAAAAUUGAGCUAACUGCAUAUCAGAUGAAAAAUAAACAGAAGGGACAUGCUCCAUCAUCAGCUAAUGCACCUACUCCUAAGAACAAGGGUGAGUACUAUGGUCAGAAUUAUAGAGCUAAGCCUGCCUAUUCUCAUAGCAGUAUGGCGCAAAGGGGUAGUAAGCCUCCUACCUGCGCCAAGUGUGGUAGGAACCAUUCAGGGAAAGGACAAGCCCGCGUUUCUGGAGCUUGUACUGGUUGUGGACCCCAUGAGGAAGACGACACGAGGGAUCGUACUGGUUACUAUACGAGGGUGUAUGUAGAUGUGUAUGUAUCGAUGGGUCUGGGAAGAAAUGAGAUGCUGUAUGAAUCGGAAUUGCUGGGCUGUUUUUGGGCUGGUUUGGUCUUAAAACCUGGCUGA